AGAAGAGAAUCCAUUAUGAGAACAAGAGCAAAAUACAAAUAAUAAACAGCUGUUAUUUUACUUAUUCCGCUCGCUUGAAGUUAUUCCACACGGUAGUAAUUAUUGUUCUGCUCAUUGAGAAAGAGUUAUAUAUAUUUUUUCACAAGAAAUAGCUGUGCUAGAUAUUUAUAAAAAUGGCACAGUGGGUUGGUUACAUGGUUUCUAUUAAGUGCACAGACGAUUUGGGCGCCUACCAGGGCGAGAUACUUUCAGCGACCUCUUCUAUUAUUACCUUGACCAAGGCUUUUUGCAACGGAUUUCCUUGUCCUGCAAACGUGGAUAUUAGAGCGGAUUCUAUUGUUGAUUUGAAGCUAAUUGAUAAACAGAAGCACACGCUAGAAGAACGAAGUACAAUAACAAUAGCAAAGCCUAUAGCAAAGAGGGCAGGGAGAACUCACAGCGGAUCCGAGUCGCUCAAUACGACUAGCAAGUCUCUAGGAAACGGUACCGGGCCUCACAAUCGAUCAAAGCCUAUUGAUAUCGACAUUAAACCGUUGAGUUUGAACGAUUCGCUUAACAACUCUUUCAAAAAUAACACUCCCAACAAAAAGGAGAAGAGCAAUAAGAAAUGGAUAAAGGGUUGGAAAGAUGAAGAGUGUUUCGGUUCUUCUAUGGAGCAGGGAAUCAGCAAAGAUUUUGAUUUCGAGAAAAACCUGGCCCUCUUCAACAAACAAGCUAUUUGGGACGAGCUCAACGCCCAAAAACCUGACGUUGUAAAGCAUACUGAUAAUAAAAAGCCGACAAAAUACAGACACGACGAAAAUGUUAUCGCUACAAUUCCUACAUCCUAUCGCCAAAUAACGGUACCCAAGCAGGAUUUUUGUGAAUACGUUACCGAUGAUGGUCUUAUCAUUCCGAGCAUAUCCAGACCGCUGCGAAAGAAACUGUGGGAGGUUGCGGAAAGAGUCGGUCUCACGUGGGAGAAGAGAAUCGAUUUGAUAGGCAGAGCUGCAACCGAAAUAUCCAUGCAGCUAUUAGGCGGGGGGCACAGAUUGAAUCCGCAUAACACUCAUCAGUGGCCUAAAGUUGUGGUGUUGUGCGGUCCACACAAACAAGGAGCAGCGGGAGUUAAUACUGCGAGACAGUUGGCAAGCCACGGUGUACAAACCGUUGUCUAUACCACUUCAAUGGAUGCUCCGAUAUUAAAGAAGGAACUCGCCUUGUAUAUGUUGACCAAAAAUCGUCUAUUGAGUAAUAUUAACGAUUUACCCAAUGUUUCGGAUUUAAUUAUAAUUGCUCUGUGCGAAGAUACAGACAAUCCGAAGCAUUAUCCCGCUAUAACGGAAUGGGCGAAUAAAAACAAAGCGCCGAUUUUAGCUGUUGAUCCUCCUUCAGUGGGAACGCCUGGUAUUACGCCUAAGUUUUCAUUAUUACCAGUGUUACCUUUACCUCAUACUUCGAAUAAUGGUAAAUUGUACUUAUGCAAUUUGGGAUUUCCGGUUGAUAUUUUUAAUGAAGUUGGUAUUAAGUAUAAAUCCCCAUUUGGUCCGAAAUUUGUGAUACCUCUGCAUCCAAAGGAUGAAUGAGUUUUUUUUUAUUUUAUGACAAAGCGAAUUUUGGUACAUCCAUACAGUGUUUGUUAUUAUAAUUGCUGUAUUACAAAAAAUAUCUACUUAAUCUCUUUAAUUAAUAAUCUAUAAUGUUCGUAUUUUUUAAUACGAUUCCUCUUUAAAUUGCUUACUAAAGAGCAUUUUGUGAUAAUUUGGAUUGCUGAAAAAAUUGAAAUGGAGCCAAUAGAAUACUUUGUUUUAUGAGUUUUUUUUUGUGAUGGACACUGUAUGUUUAAUAUUUUCCUUUCUUUUUACUGUUAUUUAAUACUGAUUUAAGCAAAUGAUGUCGACUCUUUUG